AUGCGCGGUACGCGUCACAGGCUCUUAAAAAGUCAUCCAAUCACUAAGGCUACGAUAACUGAUGCGAAUGACGAGGGCUCUUCCCUACAGAGAAAAGAUAUUUCUUUUUCAUUAAUCCCCAAAAUUAAUAUUUUAAAUAAACUACCUCUUGAAAUUAUUCAAUUAAUAUUAUACUCAUUAAUUAUUACUAAUUCUAUUAUUUUUCUAAAUAUAAUUCAUCCACUAGCUUUAGGAUUAACUUUAUUAAUUCAAACAAUUUUGGUAUGUAUAUUAACUGGAUUAAUAACUAAAAGUUUUUGAUAUUCAUAUAUUUUAUUUUUAAUUUUUUUAGGAGGAAUACUUGUACUAUUUAUUUAUGUAACAUCUUUAGCUUCUAAUGAAAUAUUUAAUUUAUCAAUUAAAUUAACUAUAUUUUCUUCAUUUAUUUUACUUUUUAUAUUAAUUUUAUAUUUUAUUAUUGAUAAAACUUCUUCUUCUUUAUUUUUAAUAAAUAAUGAUAUACAAUCUAUUAUUAAUAUAAAUUCUCAUUUUACAGAAAAUUCUUUAUCUUUAAAUAAAUUAUAUAAUUUUUAUACAAAUUUUAUUACAAUUUUAUUAAUAAAUUAUUUAUUAAUUACUUUAAUUGUUGUUGUAUAUAUUACAAAAUUAUUUAAAGGACCUAUUCGAAUAAUAUCUUAAUUAA